AUGGGGAAACUCAUUCGGCUGGAGCUUUUCAAUUUCAAGUCUUACAAGGGACACCAUGUCCUGCUGUUCGGAGAUGCCUAUUUCACAUCAAUUAUCGGCCCCAACGGGUCUGGCAAGUCGAAUUCGAUGGACGCCAUUUCGUUUGUUCUAGGAAUAAAAUCGUCUCACCUGCGCUCGACCAAUCUUCGCGAUCUCGUUUACCGUGGUCGCGUUCUGCGUACGUCAAAAGUGGAGGGAGGGCCUGAGCCCGAUGAACAAGAUGGAGAGCAAGAGGAAGAAGACGAGCCCGACAAUACGAACGCGUCGCAGGAUGCCAGUGAAUUGCAUGAUCCCAAAACUGCUUGGGUGAUGGCUGUCUAUGAGGACGAUGCAGGUGAGGAGCAGCAAUGGCGCCGAUCCAUUACCAACCAAGGAGUCAGCGAGUACCGCAUCAACAGCCGCAUUGUGACCGCCCAGCAAUACAACGAGGCUUUGGAAGAGGAAAACAUCUUGAUCAAGGCUCGCAACUUUCUUGUGUUCCAGGGAGACGUCGAGGCCAUCGCGUCGCAGUCGCCCAGAGACCUUACUCGGUUGAUUGAGCAGAUCUCUGGCAGCUUGGAGCACAAGGCCGACUACGAAAAACUCAAGGCAGAGGCGGAGGAGGCUGCGGAACAACAGACCGUCCAGCUCAAUCGUCGCCGAGGAAUCAACUCCGAGGUGAAGCAAUACCAGGAGCAGAAGCGGGAGGCCGAGAAUUACGCAAAAAAGGCCGAAGAGCGUGACCAGGCCAUCAUCACUCACAUCCUCUGGAAGCUUUUCCACUUCCAACGCUUGAUAGACGCGUCCAGUGCGGACAUUCAGAAGUACCAGGAUGAGCUCAAGGAAUACCGCCGGGGCGUUGAAAAAUACGAGCACAAUGUUGAGGACGCUAAGAAAGAUCAUGCGCGAGUGGGCAGGGACGUCGGGAAAGCCGAGAAAACCAUUAUGAGGAAAGAGAAGGAAAUCGAGGAGCUCAACAACUCGCUGGUGCCGGUCGACGAGAAGGUUCACAUCACCUACAAAAAGGCCGAACGGUAUUCCUCGAAGAUCGAUGAAAUUAAUCACGAGCGCUCUUCUCAAUCCAGUAACGCCAAACAACUCGAGAAGAAUCUCAAGCUUGUUGAGAAAGCCCAGGCUCAAUGGGAAGCCGAAUGGCAAAAGGCCAUGAGCAAGAAAGGUGGUCAGUUGAGUGAAGCCGACCAGCAAGAGUACCAUAAGCUUCGGGAAGAAGUGAACCGGCGCUUGUCGGCGGAUCAGCUCAAUCUGGACAACCUUCGGCGGCAAAGGAAGACCGAGGCUGAAGCAGUGAACAGCUUGAAGGGGAAAUUCGAAAAUACAGAAUGGCAAUUAAAGAACCUGGAGUCCGAAGCGCAGAACAUGAAUGACCGCAGGUCGAACCUCAAAAGCAACAUCAAGACCACCUCCACGGAGAUUGAGCACAAAAAAAGGACCUGA